AUGAAUGGAGCUAUUACAAUUGAUGCUCGGAGAAGCUUAUUAACAAUAUAAAUUGAAAAUUUAAACUUAAAAUAUGAAUAGAAUAAACUAUCAUCUUCAAUCUUUUCAAAAACCCCAUCAUUGAUUAAGAAUAAGAUAACUUUAAAGUAAAUAUACACUUUAAACUUUUUUUCUCUUCUGAAUCAACUUUUACAUUUAGAGUUUGAUUAUAAAAAUGCUGAAAACAAUAUAGUAAUAAUAGAAAAUUUACAUAUUUUAUAAACUUAAGCUGCAUUUAUAUUUUAUGUUAUAUCAGUUGGAAAUCAAACCAUAUAGAUAUUGAAAAAGAAGUCUUAGAUAAUGCUAUCUUAAAUAUGA